GCGUUCGCCUUUGGUCAACUCUUUUGUCUUUCUUUGUAGACGACACACAUUCAACCAUUUUUUCUCCAACUUGGAAAAUGGACAGCCAAGACUCCAGAAAGAAUCAUACACAUACACCAGGGCAUGGGAGUCAUGGAGUUCGUGUGUGUCACAGAUGUGGAUGGCCCUUUCCGCAACGACAUCCAAGCGCAAGACGCAAGCAUGCACACAAGAAGAUAUGUGGAACUCUUGAAGGAUACAAGGUUGUUGACUCUGAGGAGGCUUCCCUCUCGGCUCUUUCUGAUGAUGACGAUGACAAUUUUUCUGAUGAAGAACCUGAAACCCCUAGUCCAAAAGGUUUGGAGAGAAGUAGUAAUGAGAAGGGUAGUGGCGGAAUAGGGGACAUAUCAAAUAGAUCAGAAGACGAGGUCUUCAAGGAUGCUGUUGCGGAAUUUCCUGAAAGUGGAUACAGUUCGGUGACGGGAGAGUAUACUAGGGAUGUUAAAGAACAGGAAAUUGGCCUGGAGGUCAAUAAAGCCACUGCUCAAAUAUCCAAGGAUGGUUCGAUUACUGUUACCGGCCCACCUCCUAGCAAUUCAGCUGACCCCAUCCAAAUGCAAAGUACUGAAGCUCCAGUAUGUAAUCUGCCUGGAAAAGCAAAAGAGUCCCUAGAUCAUGAUUCAAAUUCUACCACUGGCUUCAUGACUAGAUAUUUAAUAGAUUGCAGAGAUGAAGAAUCUGGCUUUGAGUAUAGCCAUGAUAAUGAAGGUUCUGCGUGUGACCCAAUCCCCAUCAAACUUGAAACACAAACAGAUGCAUCACAAGAGAAUAAGAAGAUUGGUGCUGGCAAGGAUUUGUCAGAGACUGAUGCAAAAGGAUACGAAGGAACUAAAUUUGAUUCAGGGGAAGCAUCUGAGAUGGUAUCCAAGUUGCAGAAGAUGGGGGAUGUAACUUCAGAGCCAGUGCCUGCUGCAGAAUCCCUUAAAUUGAAGGAAGGCCAUGCAGAUGUUUUAGCCUCUGGAAUGUCUUUAAAAGAUCUCUCCUCUGAAGUUAAAUCAGAUGAACCUGUUGAUUCUUCUUUUGAUGCUGCACAGACCAAGGGGGGUGAUGAUCAAGAAAUGGACUGCACUGAUUAUGUCAAUUCAACAGAUGUCUAUGAUAAUAAGGGAGAAGGGGAUGGAAAUGUGCAUGUGCUUAUAGUUCCCCAUGACUUUCCUGUAGUAGCCGAUGCUGAGAACAUGGUUAAAGGUUUUAAAGACCAUGAAGGAGGGAAAUUACCCCGACUUAUAAAUGUGGAUUCAUCUGAAGUAUUUAACAAUGUUAAGGAUUCUGACACUAAGGACAAUCCUUCUGGUUUUAAUUCAAGGCCAUUGACCAAGGCCACCAAAGUCUCUACAUCAGAUUUGCGUGUUUUGAAUGAUAAUGUUGAACCCAGAGGUGUGGCCAGCCAGCUUAUUGUUGAAGAAUUGCCUGAUGAAGCAGAAGAUGAUAUGCCCCGUAAAUCAGAAGUUGGUGCAACAGAUGUUGUGGUAUGUGACCUGGAGAAGAGCAUUUCUGUUCAAUCUCCUGAAGAAGGACCUCGUGAUCAUUGUGAAACUUCAUCUCUGACGAGUUAUCUAGAGCACACUGCAAACGCCAUAUCUGUUACUAGCACCCUGGUAGUGCCAAUAGAUGCUGAAGUCAGGCAGACAAACUUAGAUGCUACUGGUAAUCAUGAUAAAGAUAGAAUUGAAAGUUCCGAAAUAGCUGUAAAUGACAUAAACAAAAGAAAUGCAGUGGAGAAUUGUGCAGAAAACAGAAUACCAACUUCUGGACAUGCUAGUAUUCCCGCCGAACAAGUUGAUCGAAGGAACAGCGUACUUGGAGAUGUCAAUGCUGAUGCUCAUGAAGAGGGUAAAAUAGAAAGAUGCAAUGUGUCUAAAAUUGAAACUGAGGGUGAUUCUGUACCUGGAUUGGGGGAGGAAAAUCUCCUGAGGGAGCCAAAAGCAACACCUGAAUCUGCUGCCAAUGUUGAAUACCAUUAUACCUCAGAGAAUGAAAUUAAUGUGUGUGGGGGUAAGCUGUUAGAACAUCAGCACAUAGAUUUAGGUAGAGAGUUGGAGCUUCAAGAUAGCAAAAAGGAACCUGAAAGCAAUACUGAUUAUCACAAUUGA